CACCAAUGGAUUAAAGCCUAUGCAUGUUGUCUAGUACAUAAUAUUCUGUUUGCUGUUUAAUAACCCUAACAGUUUCAGCUUUUUUUAUUGGACGCCCUUUUUUAUUUCCUUAACUCCGCCUUUAACAUGGCCACAAGUGGUUCACCCCGCUUUAGCCUCGUCUUCGCCCGCUCACAUAUAUCACAUUCGUGAUUGUUGUAGACCGGUCUUCCUUUGGACCGGCUACCCUGGCCUAAUCACAUGGAGAGCUGCAGCCUCAUGGAGCGUGGCUGCAUAUGGGUUAUAUACUUAUGAAGCCUUGCUUAUAUCUUGCCUUACUUAUAUAUUGCCCGUAUGCAUGCGCUGGCAGUGUAACAUACAUAUAUCAGAAGAUUCGCAGCCGCAGCCGCGCACAUAUUCUGUAGAAUACGAACCUCGCAAAGUCUCAUCUUUCCUCUGGCCCACUCCGGCGAUGGCGCUGAUUCAGGAGGGCUUCGUUUCAGCAGAUACAUACAACUCUCUCCCUACCAUACAAGAAGUUGCCGAUGUCCCACAGGAAUAUGCAGCCGAUCUAGAACAUCUCCAAGAGCUGCUCGCUAGACAUAAUGUUCCAGAAUCCAUCAGCAUCCGCCUCAUUCACAGACACUAUGACAUUGCCGACGGCGACGCCAUGGUCUUCAGAGAUAUCGCACUACCAGCACAUGGCACAGUCGAAGUCAUGCGAGCUACACCAAUAGCUUCUGCUCAGCUUCAUGGAAAGAAUUUCUUUGUUAGCUCUACAGCCCAGCUUCAGGCAUACGAGUACACAACUGAGACAACUGUGGGCCUCUCCGAAUAUGAGACAUUUAUUGCAGAGUUUGUCGAAAUUGUGGUUCAGCGGAAGUUGCAGCACAAAUUUGGCCUCAAAAUCAAUCACCGCAGUGAAAUGGAGGUCAAGGCGGACCAGAAGGAGUUCGAAUUUCCAGAGGAACAAUGCACAAUCACGAUUCCCAUCACCUUACCUCUACCAGAAGCUACUCAUGAGAUUGAUGUUGACACGGAUUGGGGCGCCGUCGACAUCCAGCAUAAGCGCAAGCGGGGAAAGACCAAGCCGAGGCCAAGGCCAAGCAGUACUCGAACAACCUGCAGUCAUGGUGGUCCUGCUGCCCCGGAAGAUUGUCGAGGAGAAUGUGCGAAGGAGGGUCAUGGUGGUCCUGCUGCCCCGGAAGAUUGUCGAGGGGAAUGUGCGAAGGAGGGCGGAAUAUUGUUUGAUGGAAGGAUUGUUCAGCUGGGUACACCUUUCCAUGGGCUGCUUAACAACCUCAUGGAAGUAUGGUGA